AUGGGCACCGACGGCUCCGGGAGGGUGCGGUGGCUGCUGCGGGCCCUGCCGCUGGUCCUGCUGCUGCUGCUGAGCCCUGCGAGAGAGGCCACACUGGCCCAGAAUGAAGACUUCUUUGUGUUUUACAAGUGGAAAAUCAUUUCCAACCUAUCCUUCCAUUACAGUAAUGAGAAACCAAGGCCCACAGAGCCUCUUCUCUCCCUGUGGAAACGGCCUUGCUCUGAUUCCCUGGACUUGAGUGCCUGGAAGGUGCCCAACACCUACCUCGUGAUGUUCACGGAAUCCGAGAGACAGCAGAUGGAGAGUAUUGUCCACCACCUUCAGAGCAAGGCUGCCAGGCGGAGCUUCAAGUUCGAAGUGCUGCACGUCUUCAAAGACCUCUUUCCUGGCAUCCUGAUGAAAUCUGACAAAGUGAGCACACUGGAUCUGCCUGUGCCCGCAGCUAAGGUCCUGAGUCUGAGGCAGGUGAAGUUUAUCGAGGAGGAUUCCUUUGCCUUUGCACAGAGCCUCCUGUGGACCCCGCAUCUGAUUUUCCGUCACCGGAACCACAUUCAGAGCAUCCUGUGGAACCUGCGGCGGAUUUCUCCUGAGUGGAACCAGUCUCAUAGCUUCAACCACAGCAAGAGGGACAACCCCGUGGAGGUGUAUCUCUUGGGCACUAGCAUCCAGCCUAAUCACAUGGAAAUUAAGGGCAGGAUCAACAUCUCUAACUUUGAGAGAGUGCCUGAGGAGGAGUGGCAGAGCACCAGUGCGCCCAGGACACAGGACAAUUGUGAAAGCCAUGGCACCCACCUGGCAGCCCUGGUCAGCGGUCAGAAUGUUGGCGUGGCCAAGGACAUCAAGAUACACAGCCUGCGUGUGCUCAACUGCCAAGGGAAGGGCACCGUCAGCAGCAUCGUCAUGGGCUUGGAGUUUCUUUGGAAACAGCUGGUCUCCAAUCCCUCCAAGCGCAUGGUAGUGCUGCUGCCAAUGGUGAGUGGGUACAGUCAGAGCAUCAACGAUGCCUGCAAGCGCCUGGCAAGGGCUGGAGCAGUGCUGGUGGCCGCUGCGGGCAACUUUCAGAGCAAUGCCUGUGCCUACUCUCCAGCCUCGUCUCCUGAGGUCAUCACUGUUGGAGCUGUCAAUUUCCUGGACCAGCCUUUCACCCAGGGACCUCUGGGGACCAACUAUGGAUCCUGUGUGGACAUCUUUGCUCCUGGGAAAAGCAUUGUCAGUGCUGACAAAGACUGUACCAUUUGUUAUGUAAGAAAGAGUGGGACCGCGCAGGCCGCUGCCCAUGUGGCUGGCAUUGCAGCCCUGAUGCUCACUGCCCAGCCAAACCUCACUGUGGCUGAGCUGAAGCAGAGGCUGCUCCACUACGCUAUCAGCAAUGCUAUCGAUGACACCUGGUUCCCAGUAGAACAGCGAGUCAAGACCCCCAACCUGGUGGCUGCACUGCCCCCAAGCACCCAGGAAACAGGUGGACAGCUGUUCUGCAGGACUGUGUGGUCAGAAUCCAGGGGCCUCAGGCUGACACACGCUGCUGAGGCUCACUGUGACCCGGAGGAGGAGCUGCUGGGCUGCUCCAGUUUCUCCCAGAGUGGGAAGCGGCAGGGCGAGCGUGUGAGGAUCCUAGGAAACAGACGUGUUUGCCUGGCAUUUGGAGAUAGUCAGGUUUCUGCGGUGGCCAGAUGCUGCCUGCUCCCCCGAGCCAACUGCAGCGUCCACACAGCUCCUCCAGCCUUGGUGGGGCUGAAGACCUACACCCACUGCCCGGAUCCUGACCAAGUCCUCACAGGCUGCAGCUCCCAUUGGGAGGUGGAGAAUCUUGGUGUCUUCCCACAUACCACACCUAAGAGAGGUACUAAUCUGCCCAGACGGUGUGCGGGACACAAGGAGGCCAGUGUCCAUGCUUCCUGCUGCCAUGCUCCGGGCCUGCAGUGUACAACGAAGAAGUACAGGCCUUUAAGCCCCUUGGAGAAGGUCACCGUGAGCUGUGAUGCAGGCUGGACCCUGACCAGCUGCAAUGCCCAUCCUGAGAACUCAGUCACCCUGGGAGCUUUCCCUGUGGACAACACAUGUGUGGCGAAGCACCAGGAUCCUGACGAAACAGGAAGGACCAGUGAGGAGUUUGUAAUAGUCAUCGCCAUCUGCUGCCGCAUCCAGUCUUCAGGACAAGCAUAG